CGCGGGCCGGAGCGUGAGCGCCAGCGGUCGCCGGGCGCCGGAGCCGUGUUCCCCUGCGCCGCCCCGGGCCGGCCGGCCGGAGGGGCCGCCAUGCGCCCCGCGCCGCCCCGCGCCGCGCUCCGCCUGUGGCUGGGCUGCGUCUGCUUCGCGCUGGUGCAGGCGGACAGCCCCUCAGCCCCAGUGAACGUCACGGUCAGGCACCUCAAGGCCAACUCGGCGGUGGUGAGCUGGGACGUCCUGGAGGAGGAGGUUGUCAUCGGAUUCGCCAUCUCUCAACAGAAGAAGGACGUGCGUAUGCUGCGCUUCAUCCAGGAGGUGAACACCACCACGCGCUCGUGCGCCCUCUGGGACCUGGAGGAGGACACCGAGUACAUCGUGCACGUGCAGGCCAUCUCCAUCCAGGGCCAGAGCCCGGCCAGCGAGCCGGUGCUCUUCAAGACCCCGCGCGAGGCGGAGAAGUUGGCCUCCAAGAAUAAAGACGAGGUGACCAUGAAGGAGAUGGGGAGGAACCAUCAGCUGCGGACGGGGGAGGUGCUGAUCAUCGUGGUGGUCCUGUUCAUGUGGGCGGGUGUCAUUGCUCUCUUCUGCCGCCAGUAUGACAUCAUCAAGGACAACGAGCCCAACAGCAACAAGGAGAAAGCCAAGAGCGCGUCAGAAACCAGCACCCCAGAGCACCAGGGUGGGGGGCUUCUCCGCAGCAAGGAUGCCAGGGGCCAGUGGUGGUUUAAAAAAAAAACUGCAGUGAGUGGGGCGGGCAGAAUUCCUGGCCGGUGUGGGACGGCGGUGGGGGUGGGGUGGUGGUCUGGGCUCACUUCUGCUCCUGCCGUGCCAUGUGGCCUUGAGCAGGUGCGUCACCUCUGUGCCUUCAUUUCCUCCUCUGUGAAACAGAUAUGAAAACCUUCUCAGUGCUUGCUCUGAGCAGCUCAGAAGAAAGGCAGUAGAGAUGGGAAAGGAUCUCACAGUCCUGGCGAUGGCUGUCCAGCCGACAUCUGCCCUCUGCAUCUCCUCCUCCCCCCACCUCCUUGCACCCUCUGGCUUCCUGUCCUCUCUCCUGGCUUCUCUCUUUCUGGCGCCUGUGCCCGAAGCCUCUUAUUAACUCCCACCUUCCAGAAGCACCUCCACAGUGUCAGGAGCUGAGGCUGCACUCAGAGGCAGAUCUGCAGGAUGUGAGGAGCAGCCCGGGGGAGGACUCUGCUGGGCGUGCGCUGGGUCCCAGGGUCCAUGGGCCCAGGACCUGGUCUUGGCCGUUCAGCUGAGUGAGGCCGAAGGCCGGGUUUAAGAAGGCAGAGGGACGAGACAUCCAGGCAGGGCUGCUCCUCCUUCCUUCCCACAAGGGACGAGAGCCUGGCCCUUAGGCUGCUGCUCCCUUCCUCCUCCUGUCCUCUCUGGUUCCAACCUUGCAAGAAGUCUGUUCAAUUAGCCCUGGCCGCUUCUCUCAUUCUCUCUCCCAGUUUCCCAGUAAGCCCUCAGUGAUCAUCGAAGCCUGACUGUCUGCAGGGGAAGGAUUUCCUUUUUCUUCUGUACUGGGCCCCAGGGAGAGGUGCGACUGCAGCAGGGGGAGGAGGCACAGCUGGCUGCACAGUCCCCUGCCCUGUCCUAGUCUGAUGAAGGAGGCUGAACUACAAACCCAAAUUCUGAAAAAAAAAAAAAAAAAAAAGCCACACAACUCAAAGCCUGGCCCCAUUCUGGAAAAGGCAAAGCUGCAUGAGACACAGCUGCCUGCCUCCUCCUCUCCUGCACACAGCUCUGGGACCUGACAAGCGCUAAGACGGACUCCAGCUGUCUUGCAGACCCGGGGACAUCAGGGAAGCCCGGGCUGCCCGCUGCGUGGGGGUGUGGCUGCCUGCACACCUUUUCCGGACCCAGGGACUUGUCCGUGGUGUGAAGCACACCUUUGCGAGUGUGUGAGACAUCACGUUUUGUGUCUUUUGGAAAACAGAAGUUGAGGGCUGCACUCCAGAGGGCAGAGGGAUUUCCCCCUAGGCCUGAGCUGGUUGCCUGCGUCUGGCUCCUCCGAACCUUACUUUGAUUCUAAGCUCGUCAGUCUGGGGCCUUAAGAAGACCCGGAAGGUAUUGGCCUCGUUUCCUUGGGAAGUGUCUCUUGGGAGUUUCAGCAGUGCUCGCGUGGAUGACCCAAAUGGCGCGUCCACAUCCUGCGUCCGUCCGGGGGCUGCUAAACCACCCAGUCCACAGCGGAAGCUGCUGGAAGGCAGGUCUGAGCCAUUCACACGGACAGGCAGCGCAGCCCUGGCUGUCACCACUGCCCUCUGGUGCGGGGAGGGUCUUCAUGUCUUGCCAUGUCAUCCGGGAUUCUUGUGAGUUCCCCACGGUCCUCAUGUCCUUCCCUAGAGCCCGAGUGGUGUGAGUGACAGGUCUCUCUGUCUCCACUGCCCCCUUCUGGUUAAAAGGUGCUCGAUGCGGGAAGGCAGCCUCUUCCCCAGGACUGAUGCCUGCAUGGGAGGAGGUGGACUCUGCAUCUUCCACCGCUGGCCAAGGAUGCAGCGUGGGAGGAUGGCGCCCAGCACAAGUCUGGCACACAGUAGGCGCUCAGUAGACAUUUGUUGAAUUGGAUGAAAAGAGCGGUGGCCCCCAGGCCGGAGAGCUGAAAGCCAUCAUCCAGUGACCGCCCCCUUUCCUUCCGGUCCACAAGAGCUCUCGUGGCUGGUCAGCCUUGGCUCCGCUCCGCCCGAGGGCGGCGGCACAGGGGACCGAGAGGGACCAAGGGCAGAUGUCAGCAAGGCAAAGGGCUUCCUCAGGGGCGGGCAUGAGGCGCUACUCAUUGUCUUGUGACUUCCAUCCCUGCAAGAUGGGGCUGCGAAGGCCAAGGCCCCUUAGGGGAGAGGUCCUUACCUCUGAUCCAGUUAGAGCAAUAACCACUUUUUAAAUGUAAAAUAAAAAGACAAAUGAAAAGGCA